CUCCCCCUCCCGCCGGUCUUUCUUUCUUUUCUUCCUCCUCUUGUUGUUUCUGCCAUGGCUGCGAAUCUGGGCAACCUGGCACUCUUACUAGACAUAGCUUCCCCGCGGAGCAUCAUUCUCGACAGGAAGCUUAUUCGCCCCGCCGGGAUCGACGUUGUUUUGAGCUUGUCACCCAAAAGGGACCAUGAGGGAGAGUAUCGGAGCAGCAACAACAACCUCCGCGCGGUGAUGGCCCGGGGGAAAUCCAACUCCGAGAAGAACGGGGUCGGGUAUGACGCCGAGUCCAGCGACGAGGACAAUAAUGGCGGAGGCGGCGGGUUCUGGGAGACUGAGGAGUGGGAGAAUGAAAUACGGAGGAGAGUAAGGGAUUUCGAGGACAGGAGAGCGCUUGAGAAGAAGGCCGAGGAGUUGCAGAGCCGCGGCGGCGAUGGGACGCAAGGAGGAGAGGAAGGUACGGAGGAGACCGAGGAAGAGAAGAAGAUGAGAGUGAGAAGAGAGCUCGAAAAGGUGGCUAAGGAACAAGAAGAGAGGAGAGCGACGGCGCAAUUGAUGUUUGAUUUGGGUCAGAAAGCUUACGGAAAAGGCAUGUACGGACGUGCCAUUGAGUUUCUUGAAGGUGCACUCACUAUCAUCCCCAGGCCUACUUUAUUUGGUGGUGAGAUUCAAAUAUGGCUUGCUAUGGCUUAUGAGGCCCACAACCGCCACAAAGACUGCAUUGAUCUGUACAAGCAACUAGAGAAGACGCACCCCAGUAUUAGCAUCCGCCGUCAGGCCUCUGAGCUUCGCUACAUUUUGCAAGCGCCCAAGCUCAAGAUAUCACAAGAGGAGAUGGUCACCAUACCCUUGAUUGGUUCUAGUUACGACAGCUAUGCGGGAACAUGGAGUGAUAAGUACAAGGACAAGGAUCGAAUAAGUGGAUCGGUUACCAACCAGCUUCCAUCUUCAAGAGAUUACCUUGGGGAUUUUCUUGUAUGGAAACCUCCAAUUGGGUUAGAGAAAAGUAGAGCUUUCUGGAUUGGAUUGACAGUAUGGUUGGGUUUGGUUGGCGCUGCCCUCAUUAUUCAAAAAUGAUCAUACACUUAUACAUACACAUUUUGCCGUCUCCAAUUUCUCAUCUAUCCGUUCUACUUAAUUAGCUCUAAGAUUUUCUUUUUGAUUUGUAUAUACAUAAUUAUAAUUAUAUAUAGAUUCUAAUGUGAAGCCCCAUGUCACUGUAACAUUGUUGUACCGUUUGUACUUGUGGAAUAUAUUUGUAAAAUUAAUUACAUGCUGUCUUAUUAUUUCCCA